AGAGAGAAGAGAAGCAGAGCUGCCAGAGUCCAUCGCGUUUUGGGAAGGAAAUGAGAUCUUCAGUCUAUCGUCUAAAAACAUCCACAUUUCUGCAUUUUAUACAAAAUGUGCUGCUAUUUUUAAAAUAAGGCUACGGACUGUGGAGUAUUCUCUAUGACAAACUUCCGACGAAUGCAAAUGAAUGUGGUGCGUGGAUCUUCGCUUUACAGUGAAAAGGGAUCCGACAGAUUUUCGCCCUUUGGACAACUUCCUUGCGUGCGAUAGCGUACACAAUUAGGCAUACGUUAUCAGCAAGACAACAUCAUUCGGGAAACGAGGAGAAAACUACAGAGAAAGCGAGCCAACAUGUAUGACAGCUCUAGCAUCCCAGAGCUGUCAGAUAGGAUCAGCUCUACCGCUAAUUUCAGCUCCCAUUUGGGCGGAGCAGUAUCGCCGCGAGUUGAGGAGGAGGAAUCUGGAUGCGACACAGCGAAUGCCAGUGGAAAAGGCUCCCACGUUUUAGACAUUUUCAGGGCGGCUGGCGAAUAUGCCAGUGUCGCUGCCCGUGGGUCCAGGGCUGGUACUCAUCAAGCUUCAACACGCAGGUCGAGGCUGCAGAGACAACAGGAGGUAGGUGAUCCCGGCUCCAUCGGUACCUACGGCGCUUCACUGAAACUAUCGGGGGAAGUAUCAGAGAAGGGCUCCCUUACCCCCGCCAUGCGAAAAAAAUACUUAAAAGACCUUUUUGUAAACAACGGUUUGCACAGUGGGCUCGGAAGUAUAUUGGUCUCGUCCAAUAGCUCCAGCACAUCUUCUAAAGACGGCGAUAACGAAGCAGCAUAUAGCACGGAAGAAAGCAACAACAACGCGUUCUGGGUUUUGGACCCCAUGGAGCAUGCGUGGAUGCUGUCGGUUGUGGACGGAAAUUUUGACACCAUUGUGGAUUAUCUCUCCGAGGAUUUCAGUUUGUUGACUAAAAAGGAUUUCGUCAGUGGCUUCACCGUGGUCCACUGGCUGGCAAAGAACGGCCGGGAUGAAACACUGGUAAAGCUGCUGAAGUACGCUGAAAAGGAGGGGUCCCCUGUAAAUGUAAACUUAAAAGCAAGCGGGGGCCUCACCCCCCUUCACUUGGCUGCAAUGCACGGUCAGUACAUGGUGGUUAAAAUUUUGGUCGGCGCGUUUGGUGCCGAUUUGGAAGCCAUGGAUUACAGUGGUAGAAGAGCGUGGCAGUACCUGAAGACCAACGCCCCUGCGGAGAUGAGGGAACUGUUGGGCGGGACGGACUAUGAGUACGGGGCAUUUGGGUGUCACAAUGCCAAUAACAACAGUGGGACUGCUGCACAAAACUCCAAAAGUGACGCUAAAGGAGAGAAGGAGGAGGUAGACUCGUUUGAACGGAGAAAUAACCGUUCAGUGUUUGGGUCUUUAAGAAAGUUUCUGUCACCCGUACUAAAUUUUGUCAACAGCAGCAUGGGUGCGGACUCCUAACAGGAUAGGAACACCGAUUCUUGGCCUAAUUAGGCAAUCAAUUUGAAUAGACAGUAGCCUGCUACACAGAUGUGACUUUUUUUAUCUGUAAAAAUAUGCUGCCUGCUAUCACUGCGUUUGUGGUUAUAGCCCCCAUUUUUUAUUGCUAGAAUAUGCACUUUAUUGUAAUACACGUUUUGUAUAUGAUCUGCAUUUUAUGACUGCUUAAUGUCUCGGCUAUUCAUAAAAUGACAGAACUAAAAACAAUUCUGUUCCCAUGCUUGCCGCGUGCGUGUCUUUGGUGUUGUGCAGUUCAAUACAGUCCGAAACUCAAAACAGCUAAUUCUCUUUUUCAAAUUUCAAUACCCUGUACGACAGGUUUGCAAGACAGGUUUUCAAAACGGGUCUUCAAACAAUAGGCCUACCAUAACGACACCUAAGCCAAUAUAAAGCCGACUGCCAAGUGUAGUAUAGCCAACCACACUGUUUUAAGUCAACAGUAGGCCACUUGUGAACGGAGAACUGACUAGACCUGCAGCUCAGCCAAAGGGACAAUUGUGUAGAAUGUCCUGAUAAUCUCUGGCGUCUUCCCUGUUAAUUACACUGUUUCUUUAACUCCAAAUAAAAUCCAAUGAUACCC